CACCAGCAACACCCAGCAACACCCCCCUCCCCACACACACACAACCAUGCGCUCACACACAUGCACACACAGCUGAACCUGACAGUGUGGUCUAAGGACAACAUAUGGGCUGCCUCUGAAUCUGAGCGGUGAGGGUUGGAGAGAGAUAGAGAGACCGAGAGAGAGUGAGAAAGAAAGAAAGAAGGAAAAGAAAGGAAAGAAGACUUGAAUGUGCUAAGGUGGCUUGGAGAGCGACAAGGCAUAACUUGCACUUGAUCUUGACUGGGCGGAUGGGAGUGUUUGGUGAUGUCGACUUGACCGUCCUGACGUGCCUGGAAAAGGAGCAUCUGACUCUCUGGCUGCGUUGGCACCCACGUGGAGCUUAGCCGGCACUUUCUAUCCUGGCCACCUGUCCACUUAGUCCCUGGAUCAGCCGCUAAGUCCGCCACUGGAGCAGGACGAGCCCGACUGCACUGACCUGAGGUCUGCCACAUCUGAACAGAGAGAGAGAGAGAUAGAGAGAGAGAGAGAGGGCGUGUGUAUGUGUAUACUUCCUACAAAUGCUUCAGAGAUUCAAAUGCUCUCUCUCUCUCUGUCAGUAAACCUAAUUUGAAUCGGAUUUGAAUUGAACUGCUGUAGGCAGAGGGGAGAGAGCUGGAACAAGACACAGGAAACAACACAGAGAAGACAACUCCUAGAGCAAGAGAAAAGGGGAAAAAAGGAAAGUGAGACACAGAGUCCCAGAGGUCAGUCUCUGGUAAUUCCGUUGGAUUUUAUUCCCGGCGGGUCCGGCAUGCUUUUCUCCGCCGGCGCGGUCAUCAGCCGCCCACGGUCCCGCGGAGCCCCAUGAAGCGCUUCAGCAGCUUGCGGGGGAACAAGAAGCGCAAGGAGCAGGAUGGACGCACCGGGCGACGCCAGUCUGAGCCGCACGGCCUCCUGGCGGCUGGCACCGGCAGGCGUGCCUCACAGCCCAGCGUGCCAUCCUCGUUGUCCUUCUGCAACCCGCGCGCAGCCUCGGGAAUGUCCUCCCCACCCGCCACCCCUCCUGCUCAGGUGACCAAGCCUCUGUCGUUACCCGUGGAGGCGUACCGCAGGACGGCAGGAAGGCAGGACGAGCACCUGGAGAGGGCCCAGCGGCAUCAUCAUCAUCAGCAUCAGCAGCAGCAGCGGGAGCGGCCGCGCUCUCUCUCCUCGCCACUGGACACGGGCCAGCCACGGUUCAGCCUGCCCCCCUCCUCCUCCUUCUCCUCUUGCUCCUUCGCCAAGCCACCCUUGCCCCCCUCGUCCGCCCCCAUCUCUACCUCACGACUGGUCCCCGGUCUUGCUGAAGGCAUGCUGGAGAAACUUGACCUCGAGGAUGACGUUGAAGAAUCUGAGAGUGAUAUUUACACACGCUUUAUGAAAUCCCACAAGUGCUACGACAUUGUUCCCACAAGUUCCAAACUGGUUGUUUUUGACACUACGUUACAAGUGAAGAAGGCGUUCUUUGCUCUGGUGGCCAAUGGCGUCCGUGCGGCCCCUCUGUGGGAGACCAAGAAGCAAAGCUUUGUGGGAAUGCUAACCAUCACAGACUUCAUCAACAUACUACACAGAUACUACAAGUCGCCCAUGGUACAAAUCUACGAGCUAGAGGAACAUAAGAUAGAGACAUGGAGAGAGCUCUAUCUACAAGAAACAUUUAAGCCUUUAGUGAACAUAUCACCAGAUGCAAGCAUAUUUGAUGCUGUGUAUUCGCUGAUCAAAAACAAGAUCCACCGGCUGCCCGUGAUCGACCCUGUCAGUGGGAACGCACUUUACAUCCUCACCCACAAGAGGAUCCUGAAGUUCCUCCAGCUCUUUGUGUGUGAGAUGCCAAAGCCGGCCUUCAUGAAGCAGACCCUGGGGCAGCUGGGCAUCGGCACCUACAGAGACAUCGCCUUCAUCCACCCCGACACGCCCAUCAUCAAAGCCCUCAGCCUCUUCGUGGAGCGCCGCGUCUCCGCCCUGCCCGUCGUCGACGAGUCGGGAAAAGUGGUUGAUAUUUAUUCCAAGUUUGAUGUCAUAAACCUUGCUGCUGAGAAGACGUAUAACAACCUGGACAUCAGUGUGACUCAGGCUCUGAGGCAUCGCUCACAGUAUUUUGAGGGGGUGAUGAAGUGCAACCUGAUGGAGACACUGGAGACCAUUGUGGACCGGAUAGUCAAAGCUGAGGUGCACAGGCUGGUGGUGGUGGACGAGAACGGCAGUAUCGCGGGCAUUGUGUCCCUGUCGGACAUUCUGCAGGCCCUGGUUUUGACCCCUGCAGGGCUGGAGAAGCGCAAAGAGAUUGUGGCGGAGUGAGGAUUUGGACGCUGCCACCUGUUGAGUUGCACCAGCUGCCGGUGCUGGAGUGGGCACAGCCCUCCCCUACCACCAGGGUGGCACCGUGGGGCGCGGGCAAGGGAGGGGGGGCAGUGUGGGGAGUGUCGAGGGCAUAGAGCUGAGUGCCAGAUGGGGCAGCAGCUGGUCAGACUGGUGGAGUGGGCAGGGGGGUCAUCAGGUGGACCACCAAAGAUUGCUUUUCAGUGACCAGGGGGGCUAUGGGAUCUGUUUUACCUCUCUGUUUGCUAUGUCCCUUGUUCUUUUUUUCUCCCUCUCUCUCUCCCUUGUUUAUCUAUCCCUCUCUUCCCCAUGCUUUCUGUCUUACAGAGAUUAUAUGCCACCAUAACUCUGUGUCUCGCGUGUGUGAGACACAGAACAUUCUGCUGUUUCUGUCUGUUAUGGGCACUUACAGAAAAGGCCAAGAAUGAGUUUGAAAUAUACCUUUAUCUGUCAUGGAUAGUUUCUUUCUUUACAGUGGACGUGGGUAGUGGCCGUAGAGCUCCACACUAGUCCGCUGCUCGCUGCUUCCUUCUACAUCGGCUCCAUGGCAGCAGAAUCUUCAGACUGACGCUUUAUUUUGCACAAGUUGAGGAAACACUGCGUUUGUUUCUUUUCCUAUCUGACACCCUUUAACCUAUAAUGAUGUUAUACCCUCAGUCCACCUCGGGGGUUGCCACCCAGCCACCCCUUCCCCCUCCCCCCUCCCUCCCUACCCUGCAGUGGCAUGAAAUCAGAGUGUGGAGCCUAAUCGAAGUCUGGACGUGUCAUUUGUGCCUUUUGCUGCCCGUAGUCAUCAUGGUGUCGUGAGCGAGGGUGCACAAAUGAGAAUGUUUGUAUAAAAUGGACUCGGAAUGACAUGAAUGUGAACAUAUUUACACACACACACACACACACACACACACACACACACACACACACAUACACACACACAUAUAAACAAGAACCAAAACAAUAUCCAGUAAUGGAUGGGUUAUUAUAUUUUGUUGCUUUAUUUGAUUAUUUCUCUUCAGUUUUCUAUAAGGAUAUCAGUUUUGGUAUGCGUUCUUGUUUUGAAUUACUGAUGCUGUAAAGAGUAGAGCUUUAUUUAUUUAUAUUUAACAGAAAUUCUUUCUUUUUUUGAACAAGUAAUAUUUUAGAUACAGUAGGAAAAUAAUAUUAUGCCUGUUGCCCCUAUGCAUUACUGUAGUGGAACAACAAUCUGUUGUUCAGUGCAGUUGAAAAUUACUGCUGCUGCCUACAGAGCCGAAUUUUUAUUGUUUUGUUUUUGUUUGAUUUUGUUUCCUCCUGCUGCCAGAGGCAUGCAAAUCGUCUGUACUGCUCCUUACCUUAUCAAUCGUACUGUACAUAUAAGAGCUCCUACUGAGUUUAAAAAAAAAGAAAGAAAAUCUAUAAGUGCCAGACAAAAGGUCUAUUUUUCUGUGUUUAACUUGUAAAAUCAUGUUGUUUGUAAUAUUUUUGAUUUUCAUUUGUUUGUCUUUGUCAUUUUUACGGUGGGUGUGUGAUGUGUAUGCACCCUGAAGAGAGGAUUUCCAGAGUGGAACACAACUGGCAUGGCAACCGUUUGUAAACAACGGUUAUGUUCUGUACAUUUUUUUUUUUUUGAAGAAAAAAAGACAAAUAAAUUAUACUGAAUGCC